AGAGCUUGUUUGAUAGACUCCAUGUCUUUCCUGUGCAAAUGGCAAGUUUGCAAAUUUUCACCUACAAUCUAAUCUACGAUUUCAUGUCGAAAUUCCUCGGCAAGCCGUGUUAUUACGGCCUUCUAAAAAUAGAUCAUGCGGCAUUUGCGAAUCAGUUCGCCGACUACUGUGGAUGGAUCGGCGAGUUCGUUAAGCCCUUCGACUGCUCGCGCUCUUUUAGUGAUGUCCUCAGGGAAAGAGUAAGAGACUUCUUGGACGAGUACUGGACAAGGUUCGCUGAGGAAGGUCAUGAUGGUGGUGAUUUGAUGCAGAGGGAUCCCAAUUUGAGAGUGCACCUGGGCGAUACAGUUAGGACUGAAUUGUGUGCGGAUAGCGGUUGUGUUGAUGUUCUUUGUCAUCGAUUUCGAGACUUUUGCAUUUCUCGUUGGCCUCCGCUGGACCGAUCGUUUCUUUGUCGUGUGGGAAAGGAUGCAAAGCAUGAGAGUGAUGAAGCUCUGGCCAAAAAGAUAUAUGAUUACGGCAAGUACGUCUGUAAAUCACACCCUUUGCAGGACAGCUCAGUUGGAGUUCAUGAUGUCAAAGUCGAUCUCAUCGAUUUCGAUCUGGUGGGAGUCGACAGGCGGCAUUUCCCUCUGCGAAUGUACUUGUGGGAACGAGGCGGUGACUGUGGCUGGUUUGCCCAUGUCUACGACCGUGAGACUCGUGUCCGGAUUGCCGAAGCCGAUGGUAAUACUGGCGUUGGCACUACUGAAAUCCGAGUUUUGUUGCCUGAAGAAUAUCUCGAUGAGCGGUACAAGCCACAUGGAGACAUUCCUAGGCUGGAAAGCAUAUCGGUAUUUGAUGAAGAGGAUUCAAUCGAUGCAGCAAAUUGGGCGUUUAAUGGAAGAAGAAAUGUCUCAGGUGAUGACGAUCCUAAGGAUCGUUUUCGCAAGACUACACCUGAACUUGUGAAGUCAUGGAAAGAUCUUUUUUGCGCUUCUCUCCUCGGUGCGCGUGUUGUGUACACCGGACAAUCCGAAUUCGAACGCUUGAUUCCUGUUGCUGCAUCCUUAAGGACACUGUAUUCAGUACCUUCAGUUGUCUUCGAUUUCAAUGUUAGAAGAUAUCAACUCCAGCCCUCGUCGGUGAGAGAUGCAAUGCUAAGAGACUCGAGGGAGAUGGGGGUCUGGUGCAAACGUUUUGUCGGCAUUUUCAAGGGGACGAGAUGGGAGAAAUUACCAGAGGACUUGGUCAUGCGAAUCGUGAGCUUUCUGCCAAAACAUCGUCAUGUAUAUCGAUCGGACGCACACAGCACAACAUCAUGAUGGUGGAUCCUUUGGAUAUCUCAAGCGAGCCGCUUCGGCAUUCUCCUGUUCCUAUACAUUGGCGGAGAGUCUGAAAAAAGGGACUGCUUCUGAGUGACAAUGGGAAUCGACAUGGCGGCAGCUGACACCAAGCUUGUAUUGACAAGAACAACCAACUCUUUUGUAAGUUUGUAUCUUCCUCUGAUUUUAAACUUUAAACUUUGAAGUGUAAUAAACACUCUGAGAGCAU